AACGUGGCAACAGUCAGAGUUUGCAAGUUGCCUCUUUUCCCCCAACCCAACAACAUGAAGCCACUAUCGAGGACCCGGUUUGUCCUGUACAUCAUGGAGAAUGUGAGUGUAUUUUUUUUUGUGUGUCUAUAAUCAACCAGAGGAUGGAUCUCAGCAGGAACAGCAGUCAGGGCGUGUUCCACUGUUUACCUAAAACUCCCUGAGAACCCUCAUUGGAUGCAAAGGAUGAAGGGAUUUUCAUCGUUAGGGCAACCACACCCUGCUUUGAUAAUCUCUAAUCUUUAAAACAAAAUAAUAUUUUUCAAAAUGAAAACUUUUUCCUUGAGUUUUGAUCCUGUUUUAUUCUCAUUCGGACUGUUUCUGCCACUGCUGAAUUGCACACGCAAAUUCCUGUUUUGGGUCACAGUGUGUGAACUUUCUCCUCUCGUUAUCAGACUGACUAGUUAUCAGCUCAUGUUGUGUGUUUCUGCUGAAUGAUGUGGCAGCUGUGGGUGUACUUUGCCUUCCUCUGACAUGUCUGAGCUGCAUUAGAGUCUAGUCUUAGAGAUGGACCAGAGGAGCCACCAGGUGCCUGAUUCUGGCUGGCGCUCCCACAGAAAGAAAGACAAGGAGCAUUACUCCAGGUCUGCUCAGCAGGAAUGGGAUCUGAACUAUCCUGUGCCGGACCGACAUUGGGGUCGUCCUGAUGCUUGCUAUAUGAGCCACUUCACCAGCCCACCUGCCAGACCUCAGCUGCUUCCAUACAACUCCCAGGAAUAUGCAUAUGGAUAUGGGUGGCAGGAGCAUCACAGACCUCAGUCCAGGCAUGGCUAUGACUACUCCUCUCAACACCACUGGGAUUACCAAGACGGCUAUGGCUAUUAUGACUACUACAGAGGCCACCAUGCACAGCAAGAUGGUGUACAGUGGGGUCCCCAAGAAUCAUGGCAAACCAGUCAGCACCCUGACAGGACCCAUAUGCAGGGACAUGGAGCGAGCCUCAAUUCAGAGGAGCACAGAUAUGACCAGAGGAAGGACAUCUCCCAGCAUUACCUCAGUGAUUAUGAAGCUAACCCUUCCAGAGACAAUGAGGAGAUUUUCUCUUAUCACCCCGGGACUCUAGAGAGUUCCAAAACCUCAGGCCUGUCUUCCAGCAGCUAUGAGCUGAGUCAGUACAUGAACGGAUCUGAUGUCUGUGAAACAGACAUGCCUCCUGUCCUCAGCUCUGACAGAGAGCACCCAGCAGCAUGUCAGACCUCGGCUCCUCUGAAGUAUUCAGUCCCUCACGCGAUGGUGAGCUUCGGGCCCGCGGGCCAGCUCAUCCGGGUCACUCCAGGCCCAUCAGCACAGGAGAAAUCCAAUCCGCUGGAAAUCCACAGUUUGGAACUCAUACUGAGUGAGACGCAGGAACAGCAGGAGAUGAGAAACUUCCCAGGGCCUUUAACUCGGGAAGAUUUGCAUAAAGUGGAUGCAAUAGACUUUGCUCAUCAAAAGGCAGGAGCCUGCAUGCGAGAUGGCCUGCUGCCAGAUAGGAGCUCUGCUGCCCUCUUGUGGAACCUUCUGAUACUUCUCUGCAGACAGAAUGGACAAAUAGUUGGCUCAGAUAUCACUGAGCUCCUGAUGCAGGAUUCCCAUUCAGAUGGAAGCUGGAAGCCAGAUGUUCCCACGCUCAUCGACUUCGACGAGCAUCCAGCCGCCGAAGCGCCGCCUGCAGGCGGAGACGAUCUGCUCACAGGAGAUCCCAGCAGCUCUGGUGCAGAGCGACCAGAGAGGGCGCUGCAGAGCUACACUCAGCUGCUGCUGGCUGGAAGGAAGAAGGAGGCCUUGGACUCUGCCAUGUCCAGCGGUCUGUGGGGGCAUGCACUUUUUCUGGCCAGCAAGAUGGGCAGCAGAUCAUAUACCACAGUACUGAACAGGUUUACAAGCCAGCUAGUAGCAAAUGAUCCCCUCCAGACUCUCUUCCAGCUUCUGUCUGGGAGAAUCCCAGCUGCAUCUGUGUGCUGUGGGAAUGAAAAGUGGGGCGACUGGCGGCCCCAUCUGGCUGUGAUGCUCUCCAACGAGACAGGAAGUGGUGCCGUACAGCAGAAGGCCAUCCUCACCAUGGGGGACUCACUCGCCUCCAGGGGCCUGACGCAUGCGGCCCAUGUGUGUUACCUGACGGGCGCCGCUUCCUUUGGCCUGUUUCCACAGAAGGCAGAGAGACUCGUGCUUCUAGGCAGCAGCCACAGGCAGCCUUUUGGAAACUUUGCGUCAAACUCUGCCAUCCAGUGCACUGAGCUAUACGAGUACUGUCAGACGCUCGGAGGGAAGUCAUUUUCAAUCCCAUCGUUUCAGGUGUAUAAGUUCCUGUAUGCCAGUCGGCUGUUGGACUGUGGGCUUUCGCCCCAGGCCUUCCAUUACUGUGAGGUGGUAGGGCAGGCCGUGCUCAGGCAGCAGGAGCCUCACUAUGUGCUGAUGGAGGAGCUUAUUAAGCUAUCAGAUAGACUGAGGUUCUCUGAGGGUCAGUACAGUGAAGCUGGGUUUACUGCAGUAGAACAGGAACCAGAGUGGCUUAAACACCUUCGGACACGACACCAACGCUUACAGAUGGGGAUUUAUGAUGGUAUUGAUAUAAAUCAAGCAGGUCCUGCAAACCAUGCCCUGGCCUACGAGAACAGCCAACUGGACCCGGAAUCUGAUCUGGAAGAUUUAAGUUGUCCCAACCAGAAUCCGGAGCCUGAGUUUCUCUAUUUCCAAAGCUCUGAGCAUCAGGACAGCCUCAUUCAUGGGAGUGGAGAGGAAACGCAGGAAAUGAUGUCAAACACUGACACAGAAACAGAGCAGAGGCCUCAUGCCGAUGCUCCCUCCAUGCCAACAAUAGCAGUUCAUGCUCCCUCUGCCCCCACCUGCCAAAACUUCAGUCAUCAUUACACGGAUGGUGUUGAAGUCAGGAGUUCCAUGCCAUAUUGUCCUCUGAGUAAUGUUUCUCUGGCAGCUGAUGAGGCAGACUCGUCUUCCGGGGCCGGGACGAUGCUUGAGGUUAGCUUCGGUCAUAAUCAAAGCCAGCGGGUCGUCACUGGCGCUGUGGAGGAGCCUGAGGGGCCCAAAGAGGUUCCUAAACAGAGCACCAAGGCUGGGUGGUUCAGUGGCUGGUUCAAAUCCAAACCAAAAGAGGUCCAGGAAAAUCCAGAGAAAGACAUCCCAGCUCAGACGGACCAGCUCCCAGCUGCUGGCCACCACCCUCCUCCUCCACCUGCUGCUCUCCCUGCUGCCACAUGUCCAGCAUCCCCGGUUGGGAUAAAUCCUUUCACAAGGAGAGCAGGCCUGCAGCCAAGGUAGUAAAAGCUGCAUAACUCCAUCAAAGAACGGUUGAUUACACUUAAAUCGAAGUGAGGACUUUGUGCACAUAUACCGCCACCAGGAAGAACUGUAUACUGCUUGCUUGCACAGAUGAUUCUUCCAUUGGGGUUCUGUUUCAGACCCUUACAGAGGACUCGCCAUCAUGUUCCGUGCAUGGAACAGAAAUACUCGCAACUCAAAUAGCAGCGGCUGUGACAGCCAAGGUAUGCUUCCUGAGAGCUGACUGUGGGGAAAUAACCGGGGUGGUGGCAGUGCAGGACAGCAUCUCUGACCCCAGUGACUACAGCAUAGAAGUGACUGGAAUCAGCUUUUCUCUACUUGAGGUAAUCUUUAGCCAUUCUGACUCUCUUAAGGAUUUGAUGUAAACGGAGGCAGUGUCGUUUUCUUUAUUGUAAUUGCUAAAUGCACAAACUGCGCUUCCUCGUGUCUCAUAACACGAGGUGUGCGUGUGUGUGUGUGUGUGUGUGUGUGUGUGUAUAUAUAUAUGGACGUGGGGGUUCUAUGUAAAGGGAGACCUCUGCCAGGCUAUCAAUCCAUAGCGCUUCUGCUCAUACCCUCCCACCCCCAAAAACAUUUAUAGAGCCAAACUGUUUAUGAAAUGUUCAUGUGAGGAAGGUUUAUCUUAGUUAUCUACUAAAUGUCUGUAGAACUGCAUUUACUUUGAGGAUCACCUGUUUUGUUACUUUGUCAUCUUGUAAACACAUCUGUAUAUAUUUAAGAUGUUUUAAGUUAAGCAGUCAGGUUUUGCUUUUAAAGUAUAUUAACGCCUUCUACAUAUCAGUUACAUGACAAUUAUCUGUUUCUGUUUCAAUGACACUGAAACAUUAAAACAUUAACAAACCUGUAUGUGCUGUUUUCUGUCAUACAGUCAUGGUGAAUAAAUAACAGACGGGUCUGAGCUCAGAAAUAACAAUAAUGCCAAGCAGGCCUCUCACUUUGCACAGGCC